AUGGAGGAUUCGAAAACAGAAGUCCGUCAUGGUAUCAAAUCUAAAGGCUUGCCAAUGUUAGAUGAUGUCGAGUCUGAACAGCACGCGGACAAUAACGAGUCUGCGGAGGGACCGAUACCAGACUACGUCCAUUCUCCUGGGGAACAGCCAACGAACAAUGAAGAGACCGUGGAGGAACAGCGAUCAAAUUUUCUUCCGUCUGUUGAGGAAUUGCCACCAGAUUAUGUCGGUUCUUCGAGGGAACCGGACCAAAACCUCAAGCAAAAAGUGUAUCGGAGAUCAAAGAAACAAGGUCGGAAGUUGAACAGACGUUAUCGCGACAUAAACAGACAACAGCAAGAGAUGAGCAAACAACAUCUGAAGACGAAUAAACAACUCUCGAGGGAGAAAAGAAAACAUCAAAAGCUCAAAACGAAGCAUCAGUUACUGCAAGAUGAACACCAUCGCAGUACAGAGCAAUCCGCCAGGCUGAAAGAGCAAUGCCAGGAUAUGAAGGAACAAUACCAAAGAAUGAAGGAACGGGUAGACUGUCUGGAGGAUUGGACAGCUGAGGCACUACACAAAUACCAGUAUUUGGCCGCUGAUUCUAGCGGCUGGGAAUGCAGAUCGCAUGACUACUAUGAGAAAGAGUUCUUCGGUCUUUGGGCCCUCCUAAGAAAUUGGGCAAGACUCCACGCUCAUGAGGAAACGGCCGUCUUAGACGGUCUUUCCGCGAACUAUAAGAAAGAUCUCGUCAAGAGUUUGGAUGGCUACUGUGCCCAACUUGACUUGAAUGAAAUACUUGGUGCUCUUGAACUGGGUGAUAUAUUUGUAACGGAGAUCGUGACCAUGUUUCUUGUCAAAGACUGUCUUGAAUGCUUCUUUCUGAACCCCUUUUGGUACAUUGUGCCUCAUCCAGGAGAAGGGACCGAGUUUGAUGAGGAAGUUCUGCCACGAGCUACUCGCUUUGGUACCGGACUUCAUGAGCUACUUAAAAAGUUCGACACUGCCCGUCUUUGCAGCACCAACGUCCGUGCUGAUCAAAGCAAUUUCGCCAAGAGCAUGAUCGCCCGCCGAAACCUCAUGAUCAACACUAUGGUCAAGCAAGUCAUGUCUCAUGAGCUACUGGAGCCCCUUCUAAAAGCUUCACCGGACGAGAAAUCAGUCGCUCUUACAGAGCGGAGUCUGACAGUAGCAUAUCAGCGUGCCGCAGAACUCUCUGUGAGACUAUCUAAGGACGACCAUAAUGUAGUAUUUCGCAACUUGCAUGAGCUCGGAGGAGUCUUCGAUGUGUCGAACCCAGAAAUGGAUGCAGAUUCUUCCCAAGCCUUUGACAGUGUCCACCUCAAUGGCCACCGGAUUAUGAGCAUGAGGUAUCCAGCGGUAUACUUCUGUGGGGGUUUUAUCUCUCCUGACUAUCGUCAGCUUAUUGUUAAAGCUAAUGUAUUUGUGGAAGAUAAGACAACAGUCAAGAUGACUGGUCCUACCACAGAAUGA